CUGGUGUUGGUGGUUAAGGUGAAACGGUACGCUAGCCGCUAUUAAUUAGAAAAAAUGUUUCGCAAAUGUCGAUCGGCUUUUUUUGCGAAAACGCAAACUGAAAAGUAUUAAUUUAUUAAAAAUAGUAAGCGCACGGGUACAAUAGGUUAGCAAGUUCGAAAUUUUGUGUGAAAUUAGUUUUUGUUUUCACCAUGGAAAAAUGCUUCUGACUACCAUGGUGAGUUCGUCUCAUUUCCCCUUAAGUUCGCUAGUAAUGCAGUGAAGUUUGAGCGAUGCUCAUUCUUCGGUUUUCUUCCAAAUCCACAAUAUUGCUUUGUUAGUUACGCCCUAUUCGCGAAUUACUCCCGAUUUGACUUCUGCUCGGAGUUUUUGUUUAUUAUGUUUCGGCUCGGAAAUUUUCUCAAUUUCUUUAAUUUAUUUUUGAAUUUUAACCGUGUGAAUUUAUAAUUAAAUACUGUUACUUGAUACACGCGAAUAUUGUUCAGUUCUUACUGGUGAAAGCUUGCAGUGGCGCCCAGAUUCAAGGCGGAAAAUAAAACGUAAACAUUCAUGCAAUCACACAGAAUUUGUUGUCCUUCGUCAUAGGAACUUGUGAUUUGAACUUCUCAGUUUUAAACAAUUCCCAAUUUCCUAAUUGUGAAAAAUUCGUUUUGCUCGAUUUCCCGUUGGGAUAAUUCAUGUAUUUUGGACAGGCUAAAGACAACGUUGGAAAAAUCGUUCCCUAGCUUCCUUAGAAAACAAUUGAUUAUUUUGCAAAGUUACUAAUACGCUUAUGAUAUGAUUGUACUUUGAGAUCCUGGUAACAAAAACCUUACCGAAAGCAUUUUAAACUGAGAAAAUCACGAUUUCCAAUCGCCUGUUAGAACUGCAUUUUGGACACCGAAUAUAUGUUUUGGGCACCCUCAGAUUUCAAUGUCGGAUUGUCUGACUUGCACCAAGUCCACUGUUGGCGAAGGCUUAGUUCUCGCGGUAGGUGCCGAUCAAGAGGUCCAGAAUGCACUAUGCGAGCACUUUUGGUUCGACGAAGACCAAUGUCUUGAGAGCUUGCUCUGCUACCAAUGUUGGCAGAAGAUUGAAGAUUUCCACCGGUUCUAUUGUGAAGUCAGAAAGCUUCAUUCUCGCCCUUUGUACUCUCAAGAGCCGAUGGUAUUGAAACAGGAAAGCCAUCCGGUUGGCGUCGUUCUUGAAGUGCCCGCGGAACAGGCAGGCGACAGCACAGUGGUUGAAAACGAUGAAAUGUGUUUGAUUAAGUAUGAAAAUCGUCCAAUUGAUUUUGCUAUGGAACCUUCAGAGCAACCAAGCGAAUGCAUAGAUGCGAAUGAAAAUGAGAAAGAUCCGCGGGGCAAAAAACGUCCAAGAUUGCGGGAGAAUGAAACCAAUGCGACUCAGGAACGGAGCGAAACUCACUUGCAAUAUCACCUGGACCCAGAUCUAUUCAAGUGCUCCUACUGUAGCAAGCAGCAUAUCAGCCGAGAUGCACUCAAGAAGCACCUUCGCUUGAAUCACAAUGCGAACAAAGAUAGUCCCAUAACCGUUGCGAAGGAAGACGAACCUGGUGUAAUCAGGACGGAAGGAUCAAGUGGUAAGCGGAAAAGUGGUGCUUCAGAUAUCUUGAACAGUUCCGGGGAUGAAGACGACGAAGACGGUGACGGUCGUAGGAAAACCAAGCCAAAAACCGCAGCCAGUAAUCGCAUGAAUAUAACGCCACAGGAAAACACUCAAAUACAGGCAUUUUUGGAGAAACACCGAAUACUGGAAUGCGAAACGUGCUCGGAGCGAUGCAUUCGUAUCACGGACUUCCAGAAGCACUGCCUAGAAAAGCACAAUAAGAGCGCAACAGUACAGUGUUGCAACCGGACGUUCCAGGGAAGUACCAGAUUCGUUUCACACAUACUACACCACAUCAAUCCGGAGCGGUUCAAAUGUAGCGAAUGUCCGACAAUAUGUGCCAGCUGGGAUGCACUGAAAUGUCACCUCCAAACGAUGCACACACCAGAGGGCAAAAACAAGUAUCCCUGUUACGUAUGUGAGCGUAGGUUCCGUACGAAACUGGCUGCUAGACGGCACGCCGAAGAACACGGAGCACCAGCUCCCCCCACGGAUGAUGACGUCAUUGAUAAGAUAAUCGCAGAAAAUUAUACCCUCGAAUGUGAUACGUGCCAGAAACGGCACGACUCGUACAAAGCCCUACAACAGCACUCCACGACGGAACACGGAAAACCGUCGAAUGUGACGUGCUGUAGAAAAAAAAUGGGCCGGCGGUCGGAUCUCCUCGAUCACUACCGGUACCAUCAGGAUCCGAACACGUUCAUGUGCAAGGUAUGCCGCAAGGCCUUUCACCACUCGAUAUCUUUGCGAAACCACAUGAAGACUAUUCACCCCGCCGAGUGGGAGAAGAUCUGCAGUGCCGGAGGAUGCUGAGCGAGCUCUGUAAGCUGGUAAGAGUGUUACGGUAAGAGUGGCCGGUGCGCGAUUCAUUUGCAGGAACAAUAUAAACAGGUUUUUGUAAACAAACUUCAUAGAUAUUUCGAUCGAAGUUAUGAAGACUCCUAAAUCUGAGACCUCAUUAAUCUUGCGUUCUUCCAAUAUUAUUUUCUUCUUGGCGCUGAUUCCAACAUUAGUGAGAACCUGAAAACGGUCCUGAAUGGACUUCGGAAGUCGAUGGGCGACGCCAAGCAGGAACACGCGAUACUCGUCAAGACUGCAGCAGCGGCGGAACCUGUGAAGGAAAAGGAUACGAAGUCCACCCAGACGGAGGCCUU